GGCAUGUAUUUUCAAUAGGACUGAAGGCAGAGCGCGCCCAGUUUUUCGUCAAUGCUUUAAAAAUCGCGAAAUGAAAAGCCAGGUUCCCGUAGUAAAGAUGGGUUUCUAUUUGCAAGGCAAUUAGAGGAAGCUCGACUGCCCUUACCUAAAAUGGAUCCUUUCGGGGCGGGAAAACUUGCCUUAUACCGCUGCCUGCCUGCUAUCUGUCUCAAUAUAGAAAGAGCCAAGCGGAGUAGACAAACACUGACAGUAUAGUGAAAUAAAGCGCGAGAGGGAGGCAUAAAUAGACGGCAUGGGGUGGCGGGGAGGUAAAGACAGUUUACGAGAUCACAUCGUUAAUUAAUCCAGAACAAUAACCACCAGGUUCCGCAGUCGCAACUUCUCAUACGAAUCGGAAUUAGGAUUGCAACGGUGUUUGUUUUUGCGUCCCUCGCCGACAGCCUUUGACGACUGUGUACAAACAAUUCAGCACAGGGUUUUGAUUUUGUUGUUUUGCUCAUUUUCGUCUACAUGACAGAAAAGCUUCAGCUGCUGAAUUUCUCCUUCUCGGGUAGGUGUUGAAAGCACAGAAGCCUUACAAAAGGAGAGGAAAAGUUCGCUGGCUGGCAACCUUACUUGGAAUAUGCAUACACGGAAACGAUAGGGAAAUGAACCCACCUACUUACUACUUUUAAAUCAAAGAUUUGUGUCCUUCGGUACCGUGCGGCGGCUCCCCCUUGCUGCCGGCUUCCUGUGUUGCAGGUGAGGUGCGGUCAAAAUCUAAACUCUCGCUUCCGCCCAGGUAAGAAGUGAGGAACCGAAAGAGGUGGCUGUAGCAGAUCUCUCCUCCCUCCGCGGGCCAGGCAUAGCUACAGCUUCUGCAUACAUGUCCAUCCUCUUUCUCUUGUGCGGAUUGGGCAGAACUGGACUUCAGAGAGGGAGAGAGAGAGAAGCAGGAGGAGGAGGAGGAGGAGCAGCAGCAGCAGCAGCAACAGCCUUCACUUCAGAGGAUGAUCCUUUGUUGCAUAAAAAACAAAAUGCAUACUACCUUGGAUAUCUUUAAUUUUAAAAAGAUUAUUUUGAUUGAUGCGGCACUGAUAAGCCAAGAUGCCAGAAAACCCGUCAGCAGAUAAGCAGCAGGUGUUGCGGAUUCUGGAGCGUCUACAAGUGAAAUUGCUUGAGAGAGGAGACACAUCACAGAGUGAUAACCUGGCUUUUUUAUACAAUACACUCAAGAAUCCCUUAUUCAAUCAGAUGCUAACUCUUCAGCAUUCAAUCAAGCAGCUGAAGGAACAACUCAUAUACAUGCCUCCAGAUCGUUCAGUGGAUUUUGACUUUACUAGGAGAGGUUUGUUGGUGUUUGAUGCUGACCACCAUCCUCUUGCUAAUGGAAAUCUUUAUGUGACUUAUAACAGUAACAAUAAGAUGCCUCCUCUGAUUUCAAAACUUGGAGUGGAUGAGUUUAAUUCAGUAAUCCAAAGGAUGGCAAAGGGAAGGCAAAUAGAAAACAUAGCUAUAGAGAAGCCAUAUAAUAGAGACCUUGGAUUUAGUGUGGUUGCCAUUAAAAACCAAAGUGUUGGAGAAGUUGGCAUCUUUGUUAAGGAAGUUCAACCAGGAAGCAUAGCAGCCAGGGAUCAAAGAUUAAAGGAAAAUGACCAGAUCCUAGCCAUUAAUCAUACCCCAUUGGAUCAGAACAUUUCUCAUCAGCAGGCAAUUGAACUGCUCCAGCAGUCCACGGGUUCCUUACAUUUGGUUGUUGCCAGGGAAGCAACCCAAAGAAGCAGAAUAUCAUCUGCCUUUAGUGACAUCAGUUCACCUGAAGUGAUCAAUUGGGGCCAUAUUGAAGACGUUGAGCUUAUUAACGAUGGCUCAGGGUUGGGCUUUGGAAUUGUAGGAGGAAAAUCGAGUGGUGUAGUGGUAAGGACUAUUGUUCCUGGAGGACUAGCAGAUAAGGAUGGAAGACUCCGAACUGAUGAUCACAUCUUGGAAAUUGGAGGAACUAAUGUACAAGGAAUGAGUAGUGAACAGGUUGCUCAAGUGCUGAGAAACUGUGGGAACUAUGUUCGGAUGGUUGUUGCAAGAGAUCCAAUGUGUGAAAUAACUGUGACACCACCAACUCCUGUAGCCCAACCUGUUAGUGUGUGGUCUCCUCCUCAAGACAGGUUUGGUACAGAAAAUGAAAUUCAUGAGAUUCAGCUGACAAAAAAGGAUGGACAAAGUCUGGGUAUAACAAUUGUUGGCUAUUCAGGAUUUUCCAGUGCAGUGGAAUCUUCAGGAAUUUUUGUCAAAAAUAUAAUACCUGGCAGUGCUGCAGAACAUAGUGGUCAAAUAAAAGUCCAUGACAAAAUUAUAGCUGUUGAUGGGAUUAACAUUCAGAAUUAUACCAACCACGAAGUAGUGGAAGCACUGCGUAACACAGGACCAAUUGUGCACCUGACAUUGCUUCGAAAGAAACCAUUGAAUUCUGCUUUCUCUUCAGAAAGAGGCUUAGCCAGAGUGCAGCCAAGUGUGCCAAUCUUAUCCCUGGCUGGUGCUGUGGAGACCGAAACUAACUUGGAUAGUGAGAAUGAAGAGGCUCAAGAGCAAAAAGACAACUCUGAAAAUGAAAAGAAGCAAAAACUUGGGAACACUCUAGAGUCCGCAGAAAAUCAAUUAAAAUCCAAGUGGGGAAAACUGCUGGGACCUGACUUUGAAAUUAUGGUUGUUACUGCGGACAUGCCAAUUGCAGAUGAUGCUGAGCUGCAGAAAUAUUCAAAGCUGCUUCCUAUUCACACAUUGAGGUUAGGGGUUGAACUGGAUACGUUUGAAGGACAUCAUUAUAUAUCUUCAAUUGCUACAGAUGGCCCGAUUGCUAAACUUGGUUUACUGCAGUUGGAGGAUGAACUUUUAGAGGUAAAUGGUGUACAGCUCUAUGGGAAAUCUCGUCGUGAAGCAGUUUCUUUUCUUAAGGAAGUGCCACCUCCAUUUAUUCUGGUUUGUUGUCGGCACUUAUUUGAUGAUGGCACAGAGUCCUUUGUGGAUGAACCCACAGCCAUCAUUGCUUGCUCAGCAGAAUCAAAGGUGAAAGUUGAAAAUUUUGGCCCAGAAGAGGAAGAAGAAGACAUAGAGGUAGCAUUGUGGUCUUCUGAAGUCAAAGUUAUUGCACUUGUGAAAGACACUAAUAUGGGUUUAGGAUUCAGCAUUUUGGACUAUCAGGAUCCCUUAGAUCCAACGCAGACAGCAUUUGUGGUCAGCUCACUAGUUCCAAAUGGAGUAGCUGAGCGUGGGGGUGAACUCUUUCCCGGUGACCGUCUGAUAUUUGUAAAUAAAACCUGUUUGCACAACACUACUCUAGAAGAAGCUGUAGAAGUGUUGAAAUCUGCACCACCAGGGAAUGUUCUUCUUGGAAUCUGCAAACCUUUAGGGGGAGGAAUUAUGCAGCAAGGGACUUCUAUUGUGGAUCCCGACAGUAUUACCAGAAAUUCUUCCUCUCGAGUAUCGAUCAAUAAUUCUGAGUCAUCAAUGCUCGAGACUCCAAAGGACUUCAGAGAUGAAUCUUUCUCUAAAGAAGAACUUGUUGAUGACCCAGUACUGGAUUUGGGGAGACAAUUUCAGCUUUCUCAGAAUGAAACAGGCAUUGAUAAGGAGUCAUGGGAAAUGCAUGAGUUUUUGAAGCCUACUAUACACGAUCUUGGUGAAGAGCGAGAGAUGCUUGUAGAUGAAGAAUGUGAUGUGGAUCAGAACUGCUAUAGUUAUAUGACUUCAGAGAUGAAGGAACUUACUCCAAAUACCGAGCUGGACUUUGAAGCUGCAGGGCAGUGGGCAGAGGAACUGGAACCUGCUAAAAUGUCAGAACUGAGUCCUGCAAUAGUAAUUGGUGCUAAAGAGAUUGAAGAGAACAGUAAUAACAGUUCAUUUGUCCCUGGUGCCUCAGCAGCGUACAGCCAUCCAAAUAUAUUGGAUCAUCAUGAAAUAAAUGUAGAAAUGCAAAAUGACCAUAAAGAUCCUUUCUGCACUGAUGAUGACCUUGAAGCUCUUGAAAGAAACAAACAGAAGGCUGAAGACUGUGACCUUUCCAGCAGCCAGGAUUCUGCUCUAUCUAGAGCAGGGCUGUUCAGUGAGUUGCCUGAGAGAGAAGAAGGGGAAGGGGAAGAAACUCCAAUUUUCAGUCACUGGGGGCCACCACAAAGUGUUGAAAUUUUUAGAGACCCUCACAUACCUCUCGGCAUCAGUAUUGUUGGUGGCCAAACAGUUAUAAAGCGCCUGAAGAAUGGAGAAGAACUCAAAGGUAUCUUUGUCAAGCAAGUCUUGGAAGACAGCCCAGCAGGAAGAACAAAAGCUCUCAAAACUGGUGAUAAAAUACUUGAGGUGUCUGGAACAGACCUACAAAAUGCUACUCAUGAAGAAGCAGUGGAAGCCAUUAAAAAUGCAGGCAACCCCAUUGUUUUUGUUGUUCAGAGUUUGUCUGUUCUUCCAAGGAUGGUUUCCAUCGUGAACGCCAAGAAAAAUAAGGGGCAUAAGGAACAGGACCCACCAGCACAAGCUGAAAAGAAGAAAAGUGGAACUCCACCACCAAUGAAAUUGCAACCUCCUUACAAAGGACCAAGAAAGUCCAGCUCUGAAGAGACAGAGGAAGAGGAGGAAGACACUUAUUCAGAGGAGAAAAUCAGGCAACGAUAUGCAGAUCUGCCAGGGGAAUUGCACGUUAUUGAACUUGAGAAGGAUAAGAAUGGACUUGGGCUCAGCCUUGCUGGAAACAAGGACAGGUCUCGUAUGAGCAUUUUUGUUGUUGGCAUCAGUCCAGAUAGUCCUGCAGGAAAAGAUGGAAGAAUGCACACUGGAGACGAACUUUUAGAGAUAAAUAACCAGAUCUUGUAUGGGAGAAGUCACCAGAAUGCUUCUGCAAUAAUUAAGACUGCUCCAUCAAAGGUCAAACUAGUAUUUAUACGCAAUGAUGAUGCUUUUAACCAGAUGGCUGUUGCUCCUUUCCCAUUACCUUCUAACUCCCAGCCUUCCAUUGAGGAUCGCUGUACCACCGAAUCUGGAAGUGGUGGAAAAGAUACCAGUUUGGAAAAUCUUACGAAAAGCUCAACGGAUGAUGUGUACACUAAACUAGAUGUCGGUAAUAAGGUUGACAAACAAGCGAUGGAGAAUCAGCAAGUUGCAGCUGAACAACCUCCAGAAAAUUUUCGUAAUCAAUUAAAGCAAUCAAAGUCUUCAACAGUAAUCCCCAUCAAUUUACAUGAGAUAUCGUUGGCACCCGAGACAUCUUAUUCUCUAGAGAGAGAGUUCACAAACCAAGGCUACUUUCCACCUCCUUUGGUGUUACCAGAUCCAGCAACAUGCCUAAUAGUUCCUGGGCAAGAAAUGGUUAUAGAAAUAUCCAAGGGGCGAUCAGGCCUUGGUCUCAGCAUUGUAGGAGGAAAAGAUACACCACUUGAUGCUAUUGUUAUCCAUGAAGUUUAUGAAGAAGGUGCAGCGGCUAGAGAUGGCAGACUUUGGGCUGGUGAUCAGAUUCUUGAGGUUAACGGCAUAGACUUGAGGAAUGCUAGUCAUGAAGAAGCUAUUACAGCCUUGAGACAGACUCCUCAAAAUGUGCAACUGGUUGUAUUUAGAGAUGAAGCUCACUAUAAAGAUGAAGAGAAUUUGGAGAUCUUCCACGUAGAUCUGCAAAGAAAAAUGGGUAGAGGAUUAGGGCUAAGCAUUGUUGGGAAACGAAAUGGAAGUGGCGUAUUUAUCUCUGAUAUUGUCAAAGGAGGAGCUGCAGACCUUGAUGGGAGGUUAAUUCAAGGGGAUCAGAUUUUGUCCAUCAAUGGUGAAGAUGUAAGGCAUGCUUCACAAGAGGUGGUUGCCACCAUUCUCAAGUGCGCUCAGGGGCUUGUGCAGCUUGAGAUUGGACGACUGAGAGCUGGGUCUUGGCUGUCAUCACGGAAAACCUGUCAAAACAGCCAGCUAAGCCAGCACAGCACGCACAGUCACUUUCACCCAACCUUUGCUCCAGUUAUCUCCACAUUACAGAAUUUUGUCAGCACUAAAAGAUCGUCUGCUGAUUCCUCUCAGAGAAACUCAGUUGGAGCAGAUAUGGCACCAAGGACUGUGGAGAUAAUAAGGGGUCCAAAUGAUGCUCUUGGUAUCAGUAUAGCUGGUGGCAAGGGAAGCCCAUUAGGAGAUGUUCCAAUCUUUAUUGCCAUGAUUCAAGCCAGUGGAGUAGCAGCACGUACACACAAACUCAAGGUUGGUGAUCGGAUUGUGAGUAUUAAUGGGCAGCCUCUGGAUGGGCUGUCUCAUGCUGAUGCAGUUAAUCUACUGAAGAAUGCUUAUGGGAGCAUUAUCCUGCAGGUUGUAGCUGACACCAACAUCAGUGCCAUUGCCAGCCAGCUAGAGAGCAUGACUGCCAGCACUAAUCCCAACCCACCUACCGAGCACCAUCCUGAAGAUCCAGAAGCACCUCAGCCUAAGAUUAUUGUGUUGGAAAAAGGUUCAGAUGGAUUGGGAUUUAGUAUUGUAGGAGGCUAUGGAAGUCCCCACGGAGACCUUCCCAUUUAUGUCAAGACCAUUUUUGCAAAGGGAGCAGCUGCAGAUGAUGGCAGACUGAAGCGUGGCGAUCAGAUUUUAGCUGUUAAUGGAGACUCUCUGGAAGGCGUGACUCAUGAGCAAGCUGUAGCCAUUCUAAAGCGCCAAAAAGGGACCGUUACACUGACAGUGUUGUCAUGAGCUUUGCUGCAUAUGCAAUCUGGGCUAGAUGCAAUUAUUCUCAGCAUUGCUAGAGCUGCUAUAAACCAGUAUACAGCCUUGUGUGAGAUGAAAACCCAACUCCAGCUAUGAUUAGCGCGCACAUUAAUUCUGUUGUCUGUGCAAUUUACAUCCCUGGUAGAGACUCAUUUUGUGUGGUCAUUGAAACUAAUUGUGAAAUCAGUCCUUUCCCCCAACUGUUUCCGUGAAUAUGCUUCCUAGUUCAGCUCUUCCUGGUCAUUCCUCUAACCAUGACUACCAUCUACCAGUCAGAAGUAUAAUCACUGAAACUAGAAUUGGCACAUACACAAGAAAGAAUGUAGCUCAUCGGUGGAUCACAUCUGAUGAAGAGAAAUAAAUGCUGAGUGACUUUUCAUCUCAUUCAUGGUUUGCUUAUGCUAAUUCUCUCCAACUGUGCCAGAAAACAUUAAAAUGUAAUUCAAUUACUGCUGUUCCAAAUGAUAAAAUAUCAAAUUCUCCUAUGGGAAAUUAAUUGUAUACAAAGUUCUAAUGAUGAAAUGCCAACCUCCCUGACUAAUCUUUCUGGGUAGAUAUAUGUAAGUUAGUGAUGAUUGUGAUGAAUCAAUUUCCAGCCUCUCCUUUGUACGAAGUGGUCAUGUUUAAAAUUGUCAGACACCCAAAAAUUCUUCUUGUCGAUUCUGAAAGGAGCUGGAGAAGUCAUCAGGGUGGUCUGUAGAGUGUAAAACGCAGCUCAGUGGGGGCUGCAGAAAGCACCUUAAUUUGGAAGAGGGCUACGCAUUAUUUAUUUAAUACAGUAAAGGAAACCUGGUUGAUCAAAUAAUUCAUUAUCAAGUGUGUGGAACAAUGUCUCUUUAAUAAACAAAGUGGCAGUUUUCUGUCUCUAAAACCUGCAAUUGCUGUAGAAUGUGCGUUUUUACUGUAUGGUUCAGCUAGACUGCAAUAACAUUCAUCUUGACUGUUUAGAAUAAAGUAUCUAUGCUAAAUUGGUCAAAGUUGAUGAAGCAGUAAUCCAAGAAGUGAUUUGUCUUGUUAAGAAUGUUGUCUCUAUUUGUUUUAUGUACUAUGUUUGGAUCUAGCUAAUCACAAAGUGCAUUAAGCUAUUGGAAUACAUUAUGGGGUAUUCCAUGAAUAGUGCCUGAAAGGGAUUUGGAGUUUCCUAUCCAGUCAUCAGCGUGCAGAAAAAUACUACUGAUAUUUCCAAGAAACAUGAAGACAAUGUGCCAUUAAGGAAAACUGGAGAACAGUUUUAAGACUACACUCAUUCUGCUGGUGAAAAUUUGCUGAAGUUACAGUGCACACCCAUAUAAAACCUGAAGAUGCAGCUUGCUUUUAAAUUGUUUAAGGAUUAUGACCAAAGCCUAGUAAACAUUCUAUUUGGUUUUGACCAAAAAAGCAUGAUUUAGACUGUUCUAACCAUUAUUUUAAAUUUAUGCAAACAGUUUGUCCUUUUAUGUACAUCUUUUCUGAUAUAAAGAAUGUAGAACUUGUGUGCUGAGAGAUUUUGCACUUCUCAUGGCUCAAACACGAGAUUACAUAAUUGUUGUCAUUUGCACUCUGUGUGUCUCAUUUGGUACUGUCAAAAACUGCAUUGCAACCUACAGAUAAGCUCGUGACGCUGUAGAGAAAGUGAGUGCUAUAUGUAAAGGAUCAAAGGUACAAUCAGGGGAAGUUCUCCUGGGCAAGCCACACUGAAAGGAAAGGCGCUGUCUAAGAGCAUGGUAGAGCUUGUGCAUGGCAACUUCCCCGUGGGUUGUGUCCUGAUUCAUUAAUUAAGCCUGCAUUAUGCUGUUCUGGGUUUCAUGGGCUUCUGGUUUGUUUAAUAAUGCUGCUGAUUUUUGUGAGGGGGGGAAUUAGCAGUGAAACCUACUGUAUGUUUAUGUAUAUCAGUACAAUAAGAUGUUUUAUGACUUCCAAAGAUUCUAAAUAAAAUUGUUGCAUAAGUAUAA